CAACGGGAAACCGGAUUUAUGUUAUGACAUGAAAAAAGUAUGUAAACAAUUAGUAACAUCUGGAUACUUUAUAGAAGAUCUGAAGAAAAUAUGCUACUGCUGUACGUGAUAACUGUAUUGUUAAUGGUUUCCGGGUCACUAGGGUGUUCCUGUGCGAAAACGUCGCUUCAUCAGUACGUGUGUGAUUCUGAAUUUAUUAUAAGAGGAAGCGUCAGAUCAGUACCGGGCUCCCAGUCAAACGAUGAUGUGUACUAUAAUGUGAAAAUUCUGGACAUUUUAAAGCAACCCUCGUAUGCUUUGUCGAAAGGUAAAGAAGUCAAAAUCUGGACUCCAGGAAAUGAUGGGAUAUGUCGGGCGCCACUUAGUCACGGAGAGGACUAUUACAUUGGAGGCAGUAUAGAUAAAGGAACUAGUAAACUUAGGAUUCAUUUGUGUAAUUUCCGGAGCAGGACGUCAGCAUUAAAAGAUUGCCGGAAAAGAAUGAUUGCGGGAAAUGUAUUUGACUGCAGUUGUAAGACACCUGAAUGCUUUCAAGACUGUUGAAGAGGAUAACCUUUUUAAGAUAUACUGUUAUCGAUUUUCUUUUUUUCCAAUUUAAGUAACCGGCACAAGCGCGUGUAAUAAAGACGCUUUUCGUGCUUUUAUUACAAUAAAAAUUAUUAUUACCAAAGCUUUAUAUUAUUACCUUGGUAAGUUUUACUAUUAAAUUAAUUCAUAAAUCUAUUUACAAUUUCUUAAGAUAACCGUAUUUUGUGUGGACGCUUCCUCUUCUGUUAUCGCUUAUUUACUGUUAAUAAACUUUGAAAGAUUA